AUGGUUCAACGUGUAAAAGUUCCUCCUGAUUUACUUAUGAAUGGCGGCUCUGUUUCAAUUCGGUCAGAACGUCUAUUGCUCACAAGAAUUUCAAGAGUGACAGAAAACAAUCAUAGUAUAACAGAACAAUUGUUACUAUACUAUAAGAAAGAAACCAAUUCUUGGAGGAGCCAUGACGAUUCCACUUCCUCUGAUAUUCUUGAUACAAAUAGGAAUCUAGAUGAUCUUGUUAGUCCUGCUUUAGAGAAAUAUGAUAAAGAUGAAGAAGAUCUCAACAAUGCUUUAAGCAUAUUGAAUUGGGUGAAUGAUCCGUCUUCCAGUCUAAACGAUACAGAAGUUGAUCAGAUCCGAAUUUCUUAA